GUUCCAGAAUUCAGGCAAGUCAGGUUCACAAACAUGGCUCGUUUAUUCACUUUCAUAGCUUUGCUGGUUGUUGCCGUGUGCGCAGUAGACGCUUGGGGAAGCAGCUACAGACCUUAUCGACCAAGAUCUCGCAACUGCGUUGUAAGUUAUUGGAGCAGAUGGAGUAGUUGCGGUCACAACGGAGCUUACCCAUCUUACACUUCAUGCCAAACCCGUACACGACAUGUGAGAGUGACGCCUAUUGGUAAUGGAGCAAGAUGCCCAGCUCUAGUUGACAUCAGAGCUUGCUCUGUGAGGCCUAUAUCCACAUGCUACUGGUCAGGUUGGUCGCAAUGCAAGUAUAGCUUCGCAUACGGGCGUCGAAUCAGGACCAGGGUACAAUAUGGGACCAAUGGACGACGAUGCACUCCGUUCUCGGAAAGCGAAGAAUGCAACGAACCCAACCGCCGCCCCAUUCCUCCUCCAAGAUCGAUCCCUCCAUUCCUCCCCACUGUUCGCCCUCCACCACGUAACAAUGGGAAACGAAGAUGCAGAAGAGGAAGGAGACGAUCAGGGAGCAGCGGGUCCUCCGGAAGCAGCAACUCAUCCUGCUCGGAUGACUCGAGUGAUGAUGAUGAUUCUCAUCAACCUCGGAGGAGAUCGAGAUCUAGGAGCAGAUCUUCAUCUAGAAAGAGGAAAAGUGGGAGCAGCAGCAGCGAUUCGGAUUAGUUCGGAUAAAUUCGGAUAAAUUCGGAUGAAUUCGGAUGAAUUCGGAUAAAUU